AUUAACGCCAUGCUCCCGCUGCGUUUCAUCAAAAUGGCGGGCAAAAGAAAAUACUAUGACUUGAGAUAUCUCUUUAUGAGAGGUUUGAUACAACGUGAGAGGUGGCAGAGAACAAGACAGUACUUGAAGUCAGCUGCUGAAUGUACAUCAAGAGCUAUUGUCUCACUGGAACUUGCAGACAAGCCCAUCAAGUCUGUGUCUCAAGCCAAGGCCUUAGAAGGGAUCGGAGGUGAGACACUGCAACGCCUGAAGGAGAUACAUGAGAAGAAGGAGAAGUCAGUGGACCGUCCUUGUGAUGGGAAGUUUGUCAGUGCCGCUGGCGCCAUCCUUGUAGCCCUGCUGGAGCUCACCGAGCAGGUGGAGAGAUCAGGGAGCGAUGACGUGGCGCUGAUCCCUGAAGAUGUUCUCAAGUGUGAGGCCAAGUCUCUCUGUGAGGAGAUCUUCCUUGGAGAGGACACAGGAUUUUGUCAAGCUUGGUGGCGUACUGAGGUGCUGGUAAGAAGAGGUUUGAUCAAACGAAGACAGCACCACAAGGAAUCUGUGUAUCAGCUGAUGGAGCUUGGACGAGACUCCGCUCACAGGCUACGCAGAGAUAGGGAUGCAGUAUUCCCCAAAUCCAAGUCGGUGAAGUCCCCGCGUUCGUUCACACUUCAACAGAAGCCAGAGGCAACCAAGCUACCAUCACAGUCACAGGAAAGCUUCCUCUACACUAAUGACAAUGGUUCUGAUGGAAUUGUCAUGGAGAUUGACACACAAGAAAUGGGUGGUGACAGAGUUGGUCUGGGCGAGCACUGUAAGCGCUUGGAGCAAGCGGGUGUGCAGUAUCGAAGUUGUCGACUGCCAUGUGGCGACUACCGAUGGCUAUGGAGAUGUGAUGGUGGGGAGAUGACGGUACCGCUGCUGAUUGAGAGGAAACGAGCUGAUGAUAUUGCCAACAGCCUGAAGGAUGGUCUCUUCUGGCGUCAGGUGACCAAAAUGGUGGACUGGAAGGAAGAGUUCAGACAGAAGCACAUUGUAGCUCGCCUGGUGUACGUCCUAGAGGGGGAUCCGGGCGACUACGUCGUCAAGUGCAGUGACGGGUGUCGGGGGGUCGGUAGGUGUGGCAAUCCCACACUGGCUCAAGUACAGCUGGCCGUGAAGGACCUCGAGGAGCACCCAGAGCUGGAGGUCCGACACACAAGCUGUGUGGAGGCCACGGUACAGUACCUCGCUGUCAUCUCACAGGAAGUACAGAAGAGAGCUAGCAAGGGUGACUUUGAUAUGCUGAUAGUGAACAGAUUCAGGGAACGCAACGCUGCAUCAACCAAACACAACUCAGCUGAAGUUGAAGUCACUGAGAUCAAACAAGACAAUCAAACAGUCAAAUGUAAAUCUCAAUCAGAAUGCACUGACUUGGAAGUAUUGGAAAUAGAAGAUGAUUCACAGGAAGUGUAUGCAACAGACGGUACACCAAGUGAAGUUCCUUGGUGUAGUCAAGAUAGUGAAGAGUUGCCUCCCCUUGACCAUAACCCCAUGGCUGUCAAAUCUUCCGAUUCCAACCCAAAGAACAGUGUAUGUGAAAGGAUUCCUGCUGACUCAAAGGCUGUUAUUGUUCCUGUGGUGAAUGAUAAAGAAAACGACAAGAAAAUGAACUAUAGGGUUGAUUCGGCGGAAGAAGAAGUGGAUGCUCAGUUUGAUAUUGAUUCAGAACUAGCUAUAUUCUCCUCCUUUUCUGAACAUGCAAAGAUUAAAAGUAUGUUUUCAGACACAGAACCUCAGACAGAUUGUAAUGGAUCUAAGAAAUUUCUUUCCUCGCCAUUAAAAAAAUUAAAGUUUAAUUGUAGCGCUGAUUAUAUUGAGAUUCCGCCGCAAAUAAGCCAUGUAUCUCCAUGUCAUGGAAAAGUGUACCUCAUGAAGAGAAAUAGAAAAACUAACCAGGUCAGUAAGAAAGUGCAUCAGAGAUUGUCUGAAUGUUCCUCAGACAAGAAUGAGUUUAAUGCCGGAUCAAGAGACUGUGUUGAACUCUCGCCUAGGAGAGAGGACGUAUACUCCAGUUCAGAGCCUAGUUGUUCUGGCUUGGAAUCAAAUCCUCAUUUUGGUGUCCGAGAUGAAUCUGAAAGCAGAAAAGAAGUUUAUGUUGAUGCAAAAUCAACAGUAAAGAUGCCUUUCAACAGUCAAGUCGAUAACCCUGAGAAACAGGAGCCUUCUACAGAAGUACCUUGCGAACCCAGCUCUCCGGGCACUUCAAACAGUGCAGACAAAGAGGAAUACUCAGGGGAAAGUAUUUUGGAAAGAGACGUUCCUAAACAACAGUCCGACUUGGAGGACAGUCUUCCUGAGAUAGACAUUGGUGAGAUCAAGGAACUCCCGGAACUCCCAGAACUGAUGCCUCAUCCAGUUCCUUCAACAUCAGCUGCAGCUGCUGAUACAUCAAGACCUGAUUCUGAACAGCAUGGUGCCCAGGAACCAGAGACAGCAGUUCACUCUUCCUCAAAAGUUUCAAACAAACAACGCGGAAAAUCUACUCGUGGUCGCAGAAAACGUUUAAUGGAUGAGGAGGAGGAUAUUGUUCAGUCUACGUCUAGAGCUUCGAAUAAACGGGGGAGGAAAUCUACUCACAGAAAACAGAUAAUUGAUGAUGAUGGUGAUAAUCCAGUUGUCAUUGAUUUGGAUGCUGAGUAUGAUCCUGGAGUUCCUGGACGAGGUCGGAGAAAGGGGAGAUCAGGUGGGCGGGGCAGUUCGGGUAGGCGGGGCAAAACAGAAAAUGCAGUGGAUGAAACCCUGGUGUCUAAGGUAGCUGAUAUCUUGCCUCACUGUGGUGAACAACAAAUCAAGGCAGCUCUCAUCAAAUGUCAGAUGAACAUGGAACAAACAGUGAUGCAUCUGCUGGACGCUGUGCCUGAUAAUGGGGAUGUGGUAGAUCUCACAUGAUGGGGGCGAGGAUGUGCUGGCAACCUCACUUGAUCUCUCUCUGUAUGAAUGACUCAGGGGGGAUAUUGGGAGAUUUCUGUUGUCUUUUUGGUUGUGUCAUCAGUGCAUAAAUGUCAUCACGCAAGCUUGUCAUCUGUUUCCACAGGCAUCUGAAAAGUUAUUAAAUCAUGCAUUUCUGUGGUGAGAAGUUGUAAUGACAUAUAUAAUGAACACGAUACAGAAUGGGGGUGAUCAGUCUCAUUCUCCUGUGAUGGUGAUUAAGAAACAAUGCUUUUCAAUAGCACGACAAAGGAAAGAUUUGCCUCCUUGCAAUGUCUGUAGCCUUUGUCAUGCUUAUAAUGCAAUAUCCAGAGCUUUACUCUUGGUACACUCUACGUGCAGUAUAGUGUAUUUUCCUCGCAAACUGUUUUCGAGCCCCUAAGAAAUAUUUCUCAUUACGUGCCUAAUAACUAUCACAGUACACUAAAAUUAAGUCUUACCUUUGAAAACAUUUAUUUCUGUUUACAAUUGCAUACAA